AUGAACCUGACACCAAGCCAGUGUCUGGAGUCAUUGGCCAAGCGCAAUAUUAACAUUAUUCUACUGCAUUACAAUGAGACUGGACGACUAAGAGGACGACCAAGGGCAGGUGUCACUUUCCUGACCAUACUUUUCAUUUUUAUCAGCAUUCUCAUCAUUUUCGAAAAUUUCAUGGUGCUGCUGGCCUUGCUCAGAUUUCUGCGCUUAAAACGGUGGGUUCACUGCUGUUUAACAAACAUUGCAUUCAGUGAUCUUCUGGCUGGCAUUUCAUACCUACUUAAUGUCUGCCUCUCAGGACCCACUACGUUCCGGCUGACUCCACAACUCUGGUUUCUAAGGGAGGGUCUCCUCUUUACCACUCUAGCUGCCUCCACCUUUAGCUUACUGAUAACUGCUGUGGAGCGGUACAGUACCAUGGUGAUUUCAAUGGCAGAGCGGCAACCUGACAAGCUAGUGCGAGUUCAGGGACUGAUUAUCUUAAGCUGGUUAGUAGCUGUUGCAGUUGGGUCCUUACCUUUGCUUGGAUGGAACUGCCUAUGUCACAUCGAAGAUUGCUCCAGCCUUCUUCCACUUUAUUCUAGGACCUAUAUUGUAUUUAGUCUUGGACUCUUAGGUAUUACUCUGCUGGGUAUAAUUGGAUUUUAUUGUACUAUAUAUUACUUUGUGUGUACAAGUGCCAAACGUGUAGCAGCCACCAACCAGAGUCGACGCGCCUUCCACUUGCUUCACACCGUUAUCAUCAUCCUGGGCUGCUUUGUCAUCUGCUGGAGCCCACUUUUUCUCUAUCUUUUGGUGGAUUCUGCAUGUACUCCUCCUUCUUGCCAAUCUCCCCUGGGACUUGAGUGGGUUCUGGCUUUAGCAGUUAUGAAUUCAGCUUUCAACCCACUUAUUUAUUCACGGAGCUCAGAGGUCCGUAAAGCAAUACUGGCAGUCCUAUUCUGUGCCUGCAGUUGGGCUGGAGUGCAACCACCUGCAUGCUGCCAGCAAGCCACAGAAAUCACUUCAGGUUCUUCAAAUGAGAGUUCAAUUAAACGAAGAAGCAGCGUACGCCUUUCACGAAACUUUAGCUUUAGGAGUCCUGUCACCAGUAUUUCAAGUGUGCCUAGUCAGUGA